AUAAAACAUUUACUGUAAUCACUAGUCCUAUAUAUAAGACACUGCACCUCGAUCAGCAGGUCACAUACAGUACUUGAGUUGGUGAUCGAGCAGCUUAUAUGUAUUAGAGCACUGAUCUGAGGAAUUGAAGCAAGAAAGGAAGGAAAGGGUGACGGUGGCCAUGGAAGAGCAGCAGCAGCCCAGAAGCAUGGUCGCCGAUCCGGUGACCGCAGUCCUGGCUUUGAUCGCGGCCGUCACCGCCGUGGCUUUGCACCACCUCAUCUCCUCGUGGCGCCUGCAGGCCCGUCUGCCCCCGGGCCCGACGAGCCUCCCGGUGAUCGGGCACCUCCACCUGCUCCGCCCGCCGGUCCACCGCACGUUCCAGGAGCUGGCGUCCCGCGUGGGCCCCUUGAUGCACAUCCGCCUGGGGUCCACGCACUGCGUGGUGGCGAGCACCGCCGAGGUGGCCGGCGAGCUGAUCCGCAGCCACGAGGGCAGCAUCUCGGAGCGCCCGCUCACGGCGGUGGCCCGGCAGUUCGCCUACGACUCGGCGGGCUUCGCCUUCGCGCCCUACAACGCGCACUGGCGCUUCAUGAAGCGCCUCUGCAUGUCGGAGCUGCUGGGCCCGCGCACCGUCGAGCAGCUGCGCCCCAUCCGCCGCGCCGGCGCCGUGUCGCUGCUGCGCGCCGCGCUGGCGGCGUCGGCGCGCGGCGAGGCCGUGGACCUCACCCGCGAGCUCAUCCGACUCGCCAACACCUCCGUCAUCCGGAUGGUCGCCAGCACCGUGCCCGGGAGCGUCACCGACGAGGCGCAGGAGCUGGUCAAGGCCGUGGCCGAGCUCGUCGGAGCCUUCAACGUCGACGACUACAUCGCCCUCUGCCGCGGAUGGGACAUCCAGGGCCUCCGCAGGAGAGCCGCCGACGUCCACCGCCGCUUCGACGCGCUGCUGGAGGAGAUCCUCAGGCACAAGGAGGAGUCCAGGGAGGCGCGGAGGCUCCUCACGGUCGACCACAGGAAGACGAAGGAGGCCGCCGCCACGACGCACAAGGACCUGCUGGACAUCCUCAUGGACAAAGCUGAGGACAAGACGGCGGAGGUGAAGCUCACACGGGACAACAUCAAGGCCUUCAUCAUCGACGUGGUGACCGCUGGGUCGGACACGUCGGCGGCCAUGGUGGAGUGGAUGCUGGCGGAGCUGAUGAACCACCGGGAGGCCCUACGCAAGGUGGUUGCGGAGAUCGACGCUGUGGUUGGCGGUGACCGGAUCGCCGGCGAGGCGGACCUGCCGCAGCUGCCGUACCUGAUGGCGGCGUACAAGGAGACGCUGCGGCUGCACCCCGCGGCGCCCAUCGCGCACCGGCAGUCGUCGGAGGAGAUGGUGGUGCGCGGGUUCACCGUGCCACCGCAGACCGCCGUGUUCAUCAACAUCUGGGCCAUCGGGCGCGACCCAGCCUUGUGGGAGGAGCCCCUGGCGUUCCGACCGGAGCGGUUCAUGCCCGGCGGCGCCGCCGAGAGUCUGGAGCCCCGCGGGCAGCAGUUCCAGUUCAUGCCCUUCGGCAGCGGCCGCCGGGGCUGCCCCGGCAUGGGCCUGGCGCUGCAGUCCGUGCCGGCCGUGCUGGCGGCGCUGGUGCAGUGCUUCGACUGGGCCACCGGCGCCGGCGGCGACGACGGAGCAGCGGUCAAGCAGCAGCAGCUGAUAGACAUGGACGAGUCGGACGGCCUGGUGUGCGCUCGCAAGAAACCGCUCCUGCUCCGCCCCACACCUCGCCUCAACCCCUUCCCGGCCGUCGUCUGAUCUAACUUAACUCCGUCGGCAUGCCGACGACCGCGUUGGUGACGAUGUCCUCUAUACAACCAUUACCUACCACCAUGGAAGAUCGAAUUGAAGAAUGUGGAUGAGCAAGCAACGAAGCAGUAGGCACCACCAUGGAUGGAGAUACGAUCGACGCGACAUUCAUUUGUCCUUGGUCAUCAUCCCUUUGGUUGAGCAUGCAUGCAGUGGCGGAGGACGCCGAAAAUUUUAGGUGUGGCGGACUGGCGGUGGAUUACUAGAUUAUGUUCAAAUAUUAUACGGAAAUAAAGGUUCACAACAAAAAUAUGGUUUAGAA